AUUACGGGGAUAUCCAAGGGGCUAUCCCGUGUGGGGGAAAAAACUUAUUCGCUAUUUUAAUGAAGAUGCCCGGAAGCAACGCAAUGAUAUUUGUCGGGGUGUCAUUUAGUAUGUUUUUAAUUCUCAUGACAAGAACGUCGAACUGCGUUGCGUCAGGAAACAGUAAAAUUAUCAGGAGUCUGAAUGUCAGUCAAACCACUAAUAAAAAUCAAACUAUCAUCUUAACACGGACGGGUUCUGACAACCGCAAAAAUACACAUUCCAGCGAUCACGCAUCUACAUCAUUAGUAAAUAAAUCUACUACUGCAAAGACCACGGUUCAAUCUACCCGUGCACCGAAAACUACUACAACAGCAAGUUUCCACACUGAAGAUUUGAAUGAGAGUAUCGAUAAGCAUGUUGAGAGAAGAGUUUGGGAUAAACGAGUUCAAAAUGAACCCCUGGAACUAGAGUGUCCUCCUCUGGGUCUGGAGUCCCUGCGGGUUAAGGAUAGGGACCUGCGGGCCUCGUCUUACCAGAGGCGAGGACUUGGUCCCCACAGGGGCCGCCUCAACAUUCAGUCUGGCAUUGAGGACGGUGACAUCUAUGAUGGGGCGUGGUGUGCCCGGUUUAAGGACCAGAAGCAAUGGCUGGAGCUGGACGCCCGCCGCCCCACCCUCUUCACCGGCGUCAUCCUACAGGGUCGCAACUCCAUCUGGAGCUGGGACUGGGUGGAAACCUACAAGGUACAGCUGAGUAAUGACUCAUUGGCGUGGAAGCCCAUCAUGAAUGGGACAGUCGAGGCGGUGAGUCCCCUUGAUUGGGUGGAACAGUGUGAGGCCAGAUGGGAUGGUAGUUCCCUCUUCGUAGGGUGCUUUUAUUCUAUAAUUAUCAUAUUAGAGUACCGCAUGUGUCUCGUGCUGAGGCCCCAUACCCCUCCGCAUCAGCCCCAAACUGGAAUAGAAGCGGGAGUGUUACUGCAAGAUGUAGUACUUUGGUUGGCCGGAAUCCCAGAACCGAAAAAUGUUUACACCUGGGAAGCAGAGAAAGGGUCAAAGGACGAUCUGGACUUUAGGCAUCACAACUACAAAGAGAUGAGAAAGCUCAUGAAGGCUGUGAAUGAGGAGUGUCCUGACAUCACGCGGAUCUACAGCAUCGGGAAAAGCCACAUGGGCCUCAAGCUGUACGUCAUGGAGAUCUCUGACAACCCGGGCAAACACGAACUGGGUGAACCGGAGUUCCGCUAUGUGGCGGGGAUGCACGGCAACGAGGUCCUCGGUCGGGAGCUGGUCCUGAACCUGAUGCAGUACCUCUGUAGCGAAUACAAGAGGGGCGACCAGCGCAUCGUCCAGCUGGUGAAAGAGACCCGCAUCCACCUGCUACCCUCCAUGAACCCUGAUGGCUACGAGAUGGCCUACAAGAAGGGCUCAGAGUUAUCCGGCUGGGCGUUGGGUCGUUACAGCUACGAAGGGAUUGACAUGAACCACAAUUUUGCGGACCUGAACUCAGUCAUGUGGGAUGCCAUGGAACGGGAGACGGACAAGUCCAAGCUGAUCAACCACUACUUCCCCAUCCCAGAGUUCUACCUGUCUGAGGAGGCUUUCGUUGCCUCAGAAACCCGUGCCGUCAUCAACUGGAUGAAGAGCAUCCCUUUCGUGCUGAGCGCAAACUUGCACGGGGGGGAGCUAGUGGUCACCUAUCCCUUCGACAUGACCCGCGAUUGGGCCCCGCACGAGCACACGCCUACCCCAGAUGACAGCUUCUUCCGCUGGCUGGCCACGGUCUAUGCCAGCACCAACCAAGUCAUGUCCAACCCCGACCGCAGGACCUGUCACCAUGACGACUUCCUGCGCCACAACAACAUCAUCAACGGCGCAAACUGGCACACCGUCCCAGGCAGCAUGAAUGACUUCAGCUACCUGCACACCAACUGCUUUGAGGUAACGGUGGAGCUCUCCUGUGACAAGUUCCCCCAUGCCAGCGAGCUUCCCGUCGAGUGGGAGAACAACAAGGAGUCCCUCCUGGUCUACAUGGAGCAGGUUCACCGCGGGAUAAAAGGCUUAGUGAUGGACAAGGACUCCAAGGCCGGCAUAGCUAAUGCUAUCAUCAAAGUAGAUGAUAUUGACCACCACAUCAGAUCAGCGGCUGGUGGAGACUACUGGCGGCUGCUCAACCCAGGAGAAUACGAGGUCACGGCUAGCGCCGAGGGCUACUACCCCGUCACCCGGUCGUGCCGCGUGGAGUACCAUCACUACCCCACCCUCUGCGACUUUCACCUCGCCAAGACGCUCAAGCAGAGGCUGCUGGACAUCCUGGCCAAGGGCGGCAAGCUCCCGAAGAGCGUGAAACAGCGGCUGCACCAGCUGCGCCUGCGCAGGUUGCGCUCUAGCACCCAGGCCAUCAACCGCCGCCGCGCCCAGGAGCGCAGGGCCAGGGCCUUCCGUCGCUAAGCGAGAGCCAAUGGGAACCCUCAUCUAGGUCUGCCAUUUUCUAUCUCCUGCCAACAGCACUGCUGCAUAGUGCCUCUGAAAGCAGCGAUUCUCAGAACGUUUUGUCCUGAGACGUGUACUGCGGUGGUGAAAACUAACAUUAUGGACACUUCGGUGUUUGGCAAAUACCAAAGAAGAUGAUCAGAAACAGUAUAUAACAUAACUGAUAUUAGGCCUGUAACCACCCUACUUAAUUGCUCCAUUACCUCUUAUACUGUAGCUGUGACACCAUAAUCUAAAUUUAUACUACAGUUGAAUUUUUAUUCGGAGCCUGGAGCACAAACUGUAAGGAAUGCUUUUGUUACCCCUCAUUACAUUUAAAUAUGUUGACACAAUACAAGUGACAAUGUGAUUAAAAUUUUGGCAUCUAUAUGUUAUAAUCGUCUUUAUAUACUAGCAAGUGCCUUGGAGUGCUUCGGUUAACAGGCUGAAAACAACUGUGGGGAAAUAGGUGAAGUUUUUAACGCUGAAAACUAUUUAGUAACAUUUGUCAUUGAUCACCUUCUAAACACAUGCAGCGAUUCUGAGCUUGAGAUUAAAUGAUCAGUGUAGUCAAUAUAAUACAGGACUCAUUUCAAAAUGGGCAUUGAUUUAUUCACUUUCACAUUUAACCUGAAUAUUUUACUUAGAAAUUCACAGAGAACAUGACUGGAUUAAACUUGUCAGGUUGUUAGUGUUUUAAUAUUUCUUUGAUGAAGCAAGAAUAGACCCUUUCUGUCAUAGACCAAAGAACUGGACAUUUGAGGAUGGAUUGCUGUAAAAUACAGCAAGAGAUUGGACAAUUUAUGCAUUGACAUCAAGAGCUAUGUUUUAAAAACAGUCCUGCAUAGCAUCUCUAAGGUCAGCUUGAUAUUGAGCAGCUAGCUAACAUGGCAGUUGCAAUUGAAAAGCUGUUUUUUAUUGGUUUAGAAUGAUGUACCCAUAUCAGAGCAUAUUGGUUAUAUGCAGACUUGUAAUGUGUAUUAAUGUUUUCUCAAACAUGUGAAUAAAAAUGCUGGCAUUCAAAGGUCCUUGCAAGCCAAGUGACAACUGUAUACAGUACAUAGGGCUUCACAGCGGUGCGGAUAUUUUCCAGCUUUGUCUCGUUCUGCUGGAGUGGUUCGACUUUCAGCUUCAUUUAAAAACAUUUUGCAUGUGUCAAAAGCAAUCGUUUCAUGAAUCUUGAGCUGACAAAUUUCUGCCUUUUCCCAAAUAUUAAUAUUUUUGUCAUGGUCCUGUGUUCCUGUCUGUGUUUCCCUUGUUGGGCCGCCAGAUGGCGGCACUUCUGUUUUGUGUCCUGCUCCCCUCCUGUUAAUUGUAUGAUUGUUUCAAUUGUCUCGUUAUCCCAUCAUUGUUCCCACCUGUGUCUUAUCCCCUCCUUCUGGUUUGAUUGUUUUUUGAGUUCACCUGUGUCUUGUUACCCCUGUCUAUUUAAGUUCUCUGUUCCCUUGACUCGGGUGCUGGUUCCUUGUGUUUGUUCCCAAAUUCUGUCUGUUGCAAACCGUACGUACCUGCCUGUACCUUGUUCCUGACUUGUGUUUUGUUUGACCUUCCCUUGUGCUUUGUACCUGCCUGCGUUUUUUACCUGUUUGUGUUUGUUCCUGAGAAGUGUUUGUUUGUAAUGCCCUUGUGCUCUGCCUGCCUGUGUUCUGCCCUGACCGUGUUCCGCCCUACCCAUGUUUGUGAGUUCCUCUUGUUUUCUGUUUCAUUUGAUAUGUUUUGAGUUUGUUGUUUUGCCCUUUGUGGCCUUGCCUGUUCCCUGUUUGUGUUUGCCUUUUUUGUGUUAGUAAAAUCUUUGUUAAUUUUC